CCGCGCCCCUCGUCACACUCUCCUCACCCACUUCACUACACUCCUAUAGCUCCCAGCGCCCACUCCAAGCUCAAGUUCAAAACCCUCCUCCCCUCCACUUCAAAGUUCAAAGUAGCUCCAAAUCCUCCGCUCUCCGGCAAAGGAGAGGAUCUAUCAGAGCUAGGUAGCUGAUCGACGUCGACGUCCAUGGAGAGCUACGGCGGCGGGCGGAAGCGCGCGUGGAAGAAGGGCCCGACGCGGGGGAAGGGCGGCCCGCAGAACGCGGCGUGCGAGUACCGGGGCGUGCGGCAGCGGACGUGGGGCAAGUGGGUGGCCGAGAUCCGCGAGCCCAACAAGCGCACCCGCCUCUGGCUCGGCUCCUUCGCCACCGCCGAGGAGGCCGCGCUCGCCUACGACGAGGCCGCGCGCAGGCUCUACGGGCCAGACGCCUUCCUCAACCUGCCCCACCUCCGCGCCUCCGUCACCGCCGCCGCCGCCGCCGCGCACCAGCGCCUCAGGUGGCUCCCGGCCUCCGCCAGGGGCGGCGCCGCCGUCCCGGCUUACGGCCUCCUCAACCUCAACGCGCAGCACAACGUCCACGUCAUCCACCAGAGGCUGCAGGAGCUCAAGAACGGCGGGGCGCCGCCGGCCAAGCCGCCCUGCGGGGGCGGAGCGCGAGCUCCCCACCAGCUCGUCGUCCCGCCUCUCCCGGCCUCCACCACCUCUCCCUGCUCCACCGUCACCAACGGCCGCGGCGUGGCUGCCCACGCGGCCCUGCCGCCGCCCAUGUCGUGCUUCCAGGCCCUGGAGGAGGCGGUGGCCACGGCCGCGAUGACGGCCGACGACGACACCGAGCCGUGCGAGGGCGCCUGCGCUGGCACGGACAAGCCCCAGCUCGACCUCAGGGAGUUUUUGCAGCAGAUCGGCGUGCUCAAGACCGACGAGGACGGCGCCACCGCCAAGGAGGGCCUACACGGCGACGGCGACGUAGCCGGUGCCUUCGGCUUCGGCGGCAACGGCGAGUUCGACUGGGACGCGCUGGCUGCGGACCUCAACGACAUCGCGGGAGGCCACGGCGGCGCCGUCGGCGUGAACGGAGGGUUCCAGAUGGACGAUCUGCAUGAGGUCGACCAGUUCGGAAGCUGCCUUCCCAUCCCUGUCUGGGACGUGUAAUCUGAGUUCCAUGCAAUGUCCUGCCUAUCUGCAUGCACAUGGGACCUUUCGCUACGACUUUACCGUUCAAGUUCAUGUAGGAAUCUUAUUCUGAGUGAUGAGUUUGGCAUGAUGAACUUUCAUCAAUUUGUGAUGAACUGGGUCUGUUAUUCUCAAGCUUACAAAAACUGUGCAUCUUCUAAUAGCUGAUAAUU